ACCCGGAUACAGACGGCGCUGCCGCCCGGCCGCGAGCGUGGAGCCGGCCCGGCGCCGCCGCAGCAGCGGGAGCCGAGCGCCCCGGCCGCGCCAUGGCGUUGUGGUGAGCGCCCGGCCCCGCCGCCCGCCCGCCCCGCGGCCAUGGCCCCCAUGGGCAUCCGCCUCUCGCCGCUCGGCAUGGCCGUGUUCUGCCUGCUGGGGCUGGGCGUCCUCUACCACCUCUACUCCGGCUUCCUGGCCGGCCGCUUCGCCUUCUUCAUGCUGAGCGAGCCGGCGGCCGGCGGGCCCGAGACGCCGCACGGCUCUGCGCCCGGCGGCGCCGUGGACCUGCGGGAGCUGCUGGCCGUGUCCGUGCUGGCCGCCGUCAGGGGCGGCGAGGAGGUGAAGCGGGUCCGCGAGGGGAACGUCCUCAACGCCAAGGCCAAGGGCAAGACGCGGGAGGGGGCCGAGGAGCAGCUGACCAGCGGCGACCUCCUCUCCAACCGCAGGAUGUUCUACCUGCUGAAGGGCGCCUUCCCCGCCGUGCAGAUAAAUUCUGAGGAGCGCGUUGAUACAUCUGAUCAGGAGACAGUCUCCUGGGAUCACAGUAUUCCUGAAGACAUAAAGCAAAAAAUACAGCCUAAAGAGGUGCCAGCAGAAAGUGUCACUGUCUGGAUUGAUCCUUUAGAUGCUACACAAGAAUAUACAGAGGAUCUUCGACAGUAUGUCACGACAAUGGUUUGUGUGGCUGUAAAUGGUAAACCAGUAAUAGGUGUGAUACACAAGCCCUUCUCAUCAUACACAGCUUGGGCAAUGGUGGAUGGUGGGUCAAAUGUAAAAGCUCGUUCCUCCUACAACGAGAAGACUCCAAGGAUUAUUGUGUCCCGCUCCCAUGCAGGAAAAGUUAAGCAGGUUGCACGGCAGACAUUUGGAAAUAAAACUGUGAUAAUCCCCGCUGGUGGAGCAGGUUAUAAAGUGCUGGCCCUCCUUGACGUGCCUGAAAAGAAUCAAGAAGAAGCUGAUGUGUACAUCCAUGUCACCUACAUUAAGAAGUGGGACAUAUGUGCUGGAAAUGCAGUGUUGAGAGCAUUGGGUGGCCAUAUGACUACCCUGACUGGUGAAGAAAUUAGUUACACUGGCUCAGAUGGCAAUGAAGGAGGACUUAUAGCCAGUAUCAACAUGAACCAUAAAGCACUAAUAGAAAAACUUCCAGACCUGGAAAAGGCAUCACACAAAUAAGCAUGACUGGUGGAGAAGUACAAGUUGUGCUUUUGUAGCCUCCAGAUGCUCUGUCUGAAGAAGCAGGUGUGAAGACCUGCUGGAAAAGAUGCACAGUAAAGCAAAGCAGUUUGUUGUGGGUUUGGGGACUAUAUCUUGCAUUGGGUUUUGUCAGUGGUGGUAUUUAAAAAGAAUAAAAUAAUAGUAAUUGGAAGUAGGAGGGCGACCGAUGGUCUCACACAUCAGUUUCCAUGUUUUAUUUUUUUCAGACUGUUUUCAUGCAGUUCUUAUACUCAAGGUGCAUUUACCAUAUAUAUAUUGGUGAACAUAGGUGAACUAAAGAAAAAUCCAAUUUUUUUUUUUAAAUAACCUAAGUAUUUCUCACAGGAAUUUUUUGAAACGUUUUACAUUUUACUAUAGUUUUAGCAAUUCCAUAAUAAAUUAAGUAGGAAAAAAGCUUGAUUUGUAUAGGCAUCUGUAAACAGUUUAUCAGGAAUCGUGACCUCCUGUUUUGUAUCCCCUGAAUGGAAAGCACAAGAAGGUUGAUUCAAAUCUAUAUGCAGCAACAGUAUCUUUGACAGUGUGGCACUCUGCUUUUUAAGAGAAAAAAAGAAAUGUUCUGUACUAUUUUGACUUCUUUCCUGAAGAUGUAAACCAGUUUUAGUUCAGGUGGGUUGUGAUUCUCAGUGUUUUUAUUAAUGAGUGUAAUUAUUUCCUUAUACCUUUUUAAAAAAAGGCAGUGUUUCCUUGUGUAGUUUUUAGCAGUUAGUUCUUGUCCUUGAUUUCUGCAAAGAGUGUUGAAGAUGCAUGCUAGAUUUUUCUCUAAUGUAGGGCUUGUUCAUCAUGUGGUGUUUGUGCCUAUAGAAGCAGCCUCUUCCUUCACUACCUGUUAUUUUGUUUCCUUGGGUUUUCUUUCCAUUGGACAGAGUCAUAGGGAAUGAGUUUAACAGAAAUAGCAGGUUGACUGGUUAUUUCCUUUUCCAACACAAGGUGUAAACCAGCACUUUUUCUACAACUCCAGGAAUAGAGUCUUUUUAGAUUCCAGCACGCUAUUUUCUGCAGAAAGCUCUUCAGCCAUUCCAAACAACUUGUGCUUAUUUGGUUUGUGGUAAUUUACAGAGAGGAGAGACCAUUUGAACUUGAAUCUGCUUAAGCAAGUUUGAAGAACAUGUGGCACUUGAAGUACAGCAGGGUCUGCAAAACCUUUCUGAAAAGUGUUCUUUGCAAUCCAAUUGAUGUCAAAUGAUAAUUUGUUUUACCUCUAAAAUAUGUCGACUUCUAUCUCCAAACAUGUCUGCAUUGUUGUUCUGUUCAUCCCCCUGAAAGAUUUCAGAAAGUUAAAAUGUAUGUGUUAUUUGAAUUAUCAGAAAAUAAGCUGCCCAUCUCUCCUCAAGAAUGCUAAAAUUCUUGGUUAAUAUAGAUGGUUUUGUUCAAAGUUUGUUCAGUCUAGGCUUAGGCUGCUUGAUCCAAACCCUUAGUUCUUUAAUUUUAACUUCUUUCAUAUUGUUAAUGAGAACUGCUGUUCUGAUUAAAAAGAGGUUUUUCUCCUUAGGUUAGUAGUGGAGAAUGUUUAGAUACUGCUUUCAACUUCUAACUGAAGUUCACAUUUCUAAAAGACAUCCCAGAUGUUACAUAACUACAGAUACAGACUUUUAUUUCUUAAACUUACUGGCAAAGGAGACUGAAGCUUAGUCCUACAAGCUUUAUGGUACAGGUAGUUUUUUUUGGAGAAUUUCUUUUCCAACACACACUAAUGCUACUGCUCUUUGAAAAUAACUUUUACACAUGUAGGUAAUACACAAAUCAGUUUUACUUUCAUUUCUUAAAUUUAAGAAACUGCUAUAUGCUGUGACAAAUAAGUGAUCAUGCCCUUUUUAAAAAGGAUCUGGUCUAUUUCAAGAAGUUGUUGAGCUUCCAAACUUCAGUGAAGAAUAAAAAAACCCAUAUUUAUCAAGAUUUUAACAUUUUAUAAGAAGAUUGCAGCUUUUUAAAGCUGAUUUAAAUGUCUUAAAGCCUGAUUUAAUUUAAAAAGCUGUUUGUAUGUUUAUUUGUUAAAGAACAUUGAUUAAAAUUUAAAUAUGAGAAAUAGCCAUAGUUAGCCUAGUAUAAAAAUCUGCGUGUGUCACAGAGAUCGAAUGCACAAUAUUUAAAUAGGCAAUUAAGAUAAAAUCUGUGGCAAAUUGGGGUUUUAGAAUCAGCUUGAAAUCCUAUGUAAACGUGAAAAUGGGACUGCUUUUAUUUUGAGGAAUGCUUCUAUCUCUUCCUUGUAUAAGCUGUGAUCAGACUUCCUGUAUGGGAGAAUAAUGGUAUGUAAUGUACAAGGGCUUACUUGUAUCUUAGUUGAUGACAUAGACCAGUGAACUAAAGUAUUUGCCUAAGUUAUGUUUUCUUAGGAAAACAAAGUACCUUAAGAGAGGUCCUCCUUUCCUUCCUCCCACAAGCUGGCUAAAAUGCCUAGCCUUCCAUUAGGAAGACUUGUGCUUGUUUAGACACAUUAAUAUCCUAAAUUGCUUUGUUGCAAUGGAUCCCAGUGUUCAGUACCUUUCACAGGGGACCAUUACUGGCCUAAUCUCACUCCUGGUGAAACUGAGGAAAAGGUGAGAGUGUGGUGCCCAUUAAUUACUUGUAGUAGAUCCUGAGCUCUUAGAGCUUUCCCACAGUUGAGGGCUGAAUAGUGCUUGUGGUCUCCCAGUGUAAUUUAAAGAGUAGCUGCUUUGGUGUGAGAAUAGGUGAGCAGCUGGUGAAUAUCAGUUUCAGAGAUCAUUUUGCAAUAAAUGUAGCUCUUAUGCAGACCAGCAAGUAUUCACAAGUGCUUGCUUAGUGCACACAUCUCAGUGCACUUUCUUUGUAUAGUGUUAACACUCAGUGUGUCACUUCUUUGACUGUGUUUACACUCCAUCCUGAAAUGUUCUGCUUAAGUUCUGGCUUAAAUGCUUGUUUGGUCUCAUCAGUGUGGAUGUGACUUAACCUAUGGCCAGAGGGUAGGAAAUCAUGGCAUACCCACAUCUCACUGCUGGGCUAAAACAAUGUUCUUCACAUCUUAGCCUUUUCCACAUGAGGCUGUCACACACCAUUUUUAGGGAUGUUACUUAAAACAAUUGCAUGUUGGAGGUGGGUCCUAUAAAAGUAUAUAUUUUUAAAAACUCCAGAAAAAAAAAUCAUAGUACCAUUCUAGCUCCAAAUAAGGGAAGUAAGAGAAUGUAUUAUUUUAGCAUUGGUUUUCCAAUGGUGGAUAUUUUGGGUGGCUAUUAUGAUUAAGGUGGUUGCAAGUGAAGUUAUUCUAAAGCUGUAUGUAUUUUCUCUUUUUCAUUCUUCUAAAAAGAGUGUAUGAUAGUAGAGAUAAUGCCUGGUACUGUACUAAGAGUUCUAGCUUUCAUUCCUUGAAUGAAUCUUUUCUAAAUAAAUGGACACAGAAAUAAAUGGGUUGAAUAUUGUAUUUAACUGGUUUUGAGAUUAACCUGUUUGCCAGACUUACAGAUGGAUUUAAGAUAUGUUUGGUUCUGAUCUGCAGAGGACAUAAUGGUAGUGAAAAUACUUAGCAGAUAUGGCAUACUGGGAUAGUGAGUUAACCAUGUAGGUGAAGCUGCAAAGUCAUCUAGUGAUAUUGUUCCAAAGAUUUACUUCAUGGUUGUUACAGGGGACAGAUUUUCUAAUUGGCUUCAGGUGUAAGAAAAGUUUUGGGUUUUUUUUGUUUUGUUUUUUUGUGUGUUUUUUUUUUUUUGUUUGUUUGUUUUGUUUUGUUUUUUUGUUUUUUUUAAUGGGCAAUGGCUAAAUAUGAGAAAUGGGAGGGGAGUCAGUACCGGGGUUCAUCUCUGCUUUUUUUUGUUUAUAAAUAAGUGUAUUCCCUGUCUUUGUAGCAUCUUGUUAUCUGUUUGGGUUGUACAACAGUAGUGCAGUAUUGUAUACUCUUGAUUUAAAAGAAGGACUCCUCAUCUCCCAAGAACUGUGUAGUGAGAAGUGACCAGGUGCCAUUCUGGGCCUCUUCUGUGUUGUGCCAGCAGGGAAUCCACUGUCUCCUGGAUGUCAUUCCAGUAGCAGUUUCUCUCACAAAAAACUGCUUUUCUAGGCUGCUGUCUCCCCAGUUAUACCCAACCUCUUUCUAGAUCUGUUUUCUGAAGUAAACUAGAGCAGUGGAAAGAAGCAGAUGGCUAUGCUGGAGAAGUUGCAACAGAGGGCAAUUAUUUUUGUUUCUUUAUUUUAAAUUGCAUUGGUUGUUUCAUGUCUCUUGUCUUUCAGGGGUUAGAUAAUAAUACAGAUAAAAAUCACUGGGCCACAAAUAAAUGCCUGUGGGAUUUCAAGGCCAAGCUGUAAAUUAAGCUAAAUUCUGAAAAGCUCAACCUCUAUCAAUAGAGCAAACAACUUUGGUUGUGUUAAAGUUGCCUCUUAACAGGUUCAGUCUACAUUUGGAAACUUCAUCCCAGUGUCUGAGGUUCUAAGUCUUUCAGGUUUUUUCAAGGUCUACAACUGAUGGAGCCCACUUUCAGGUAACAUUUUCUAGCCCAUUAUUCCUUAUUUGCAAUUAAUAUUUCAUUUUUUCUCUCCAAGGGAUUAGCAGCACUCCAGCAUUUUUACUGUUGUCCCACCAAAUUGUGUCAGCAUUUUCCAAUUGUGUGCCAAAUUGAAAUGAUUCUAUAAAUAAAUUCUCUGAAAAUA